AUCGGAAACUUAGUGGACCCGAAAGUUCGCAGAAAUGAAAGACGCAAAGAAUUCUGGAAACGUGCGCAAAUUGUUCCACUUGAUUCGUUUGACUGGUCCUCGGAAACAUCUUGUCAGCGAAAUAAUCAGGGACCAAAAUUGCUCCCCGAUAUGCAGCAAAGCAGAACGUUUGGACCGCUGAGCACAAGAAUUCAUCUGAUGUUGAACAUGGGACCAGUUGGAAGUGGCUUUAAUUUUGACAUAUCCCAUGAUCAUUGUAGGUUCCCUUGCGGUGAGAUGGCUCAGCGGUUGGAGCGCAGGUCUACUGACUGGAACUUCAAUGGUUCGAACCUGACCUUUGCCUCACGACUUCCCAUGUCUAGACUUGGGCAACCUGGCAGUAUCCCAGUCCCGUGCUUCCUCCUGGUGGCAUGGCAGUUAGGCACCGAAAGGCGACCAAAAAAUGAGGCGGCCUGGUGUAGAACAUUCAGUUGCCUUAGAACAUCACAAACGAUAGAUUCAGCUGAGUUCCAGUCACCCAUUUUUGAGUUCUACUUGGACGCCAAACUAGCUCGGGCCGAGUGCCAGGAUUUGAAUUUGAAUUUUGGACACGAACACAAAGUGCAACAGAAAAAGGAAUUAUACUAUCCUACCCUCGUGCUUCCUACGGGUGCUAUGGUAGCAAACGGGUGUUGCAGCUGA